GAGGGAGGAAUGGAGGGAGGCAUAUAAACUUCCACGUCCCGUCCCUUCGAUUCCAUCUCCAGAUCAAGCACAAUGCUCACUAUCCGCAGCCUCUUCCUACUCGCACUCCCGCUCCUCGCAGCCUCCCGGGCAGUGGAGCUGGACCCACGUCUCGCCGGCCUCCCAGAUCUCCCCAGCCAGAUCGCCUACACACCCGCCGAGGCAUUGGAGCACAGCUUCAAGGCAGUCCACGACGCCCACCAAGCACGGAAGGAGGCGCUGCGGCGGCGCGGAGACAGCGAUGAGGGGAUUCCCGGCGUCGUGACCACACGGAACGAGCUGAACGAGGGGAAGUGCGCGGACAUCAUCGUCAUCUUUGCAAGGGGGACUACUGAGCCUGGAAAUGUUGGUGACGAUGUCGGCCCCAUGUUCUUCAUCGACCUCGAGAAACUCGAGCCGGGCCGCGUGAUAAUCCAGGGAGUCAAUGACUACCCCGCUACGGUUUGGGACUUCCUCAUCGGCGGCAGCACAGCGGGCGCAAAAGACAUGGCCAAGAGCGUCAAGCUUGCAUCGACACAGUGUCCCAGCUCCAAGAUCGUGCUCAGCGGGUUCAGCCAGGGUGCGCAAGUAACGCACAAAGCUGCGGCUCUCCUGGCCACCUCGCUAUAUUCCAAGAUUGGAGCGAUCGUCCUCUUUGGUGAUCCAAACAAUGGAGACGCCUUCCCCGGCUCGUUGAACAAUAACGUUAAGACUUUCUGCCACGAUGGAGAUCUCAUCUGCGACGGCCUGCCGAUCCCGCUGGAUGCUCAUGCGAAUUAUGAGGAUGAUAGUGGCGAGGCGGCAGCGUAUGUUGCCGAUCGGUUGUAGGGGGUGAGAUGGGCGGAUGGACUAGAUUGGGCUUGCUUCCUUGUGUAUGUGUAUGUGUACUUGUACGGCAUAGUUAGAUCCAAUAUAAUACCCACAUAGAUAAUGCCUUACCAGACUGCAUGCGACUCACAAGCCAUCACUCCGGUGCCAGUGCAAACGCCGGAAAAGGAA